GCGGGAUUAGCCAAAACGCCACGAUCGAGAAGUGUUUUUUCUAUGGCACGCGACGAACCCAGUUCGGUUGAACCACAGACGCUCCUCUGGCGCCUCUGCGGCUCUUCCAGUUUCCACUUUUCUUUUAGCAUCAUGCAGUUACCACACAGAAAUUGCGUCAACGACUGUCUCACUUCGUUUUGUGUAUCGACGAAAUCGGUGCUUUAAAUAUGAUACAUGGUACAGUGUGCUACAGCUGGGGGGACCACUGAUAGAGCAAUGCUAUUCUAAUGAAUCGCGGAGUGCCCGAACUAUAACCCGUUGUUCAACGUGGUAGAGACUUCGGUUAAGUGGCUGCGAGCGUGGGUGUUAGUCCCUCCGAUCCACUGGAGUCCCCUAACGAAGACAAGGCCUCUUCCGCGUUCGUUAAAAUCGGUUCCUGGCCAUUCCCGGUGGUGAUUCACUAACAGUGCAAAUCUUACAUUCGACUUCCUAAAUCGCAGUGACACUCUGGUGAGAAACAAGGAUCACGACAAACCAGCAAGCGUUCUUGUAGAAUGGUCCUUCUUAGUUCACGACAGCGGAACCUGCUACAGGGGAAGGGGAGAAGUUGCUGCCGCCUGGGCAACGAUAAUGGGAGUCUAGCUAGUUACGCUUCCCCGUCGCACACUGGCGCUGAUCCCCACAAUGCAUUGGCUGUUUGAACAACCAGAGACGCUGACGCGCAGCGAGAGAUUCUAAAGUCUCGAUGCUGUCCGCAGGGAGCUGUGUAUUGGCAAAUGAGCAACGUAUGUCUGCGAGGCCACAAUUAUGGCCACGGUUAUUCAUACCAUGCAGUUCGUAGCGAUGGUGUUCGACGCGCCAUGGUUACGAACGCACUAAAGACUCCAUUCCAUUCAGUAAAUCCGAGGCAAAUUUUGGCGUUUCUUGUCGCUGAGACCCCCAAGCGAUAUUUUGUGUAGUUCGUGAAUGUUGAUGGCCCCUGAAUGUUUACCAUGCCUCGCAGAUAAAGUAAGUUUAGGGAGAUGCAGGUCUUUCUGCGCAACACCGGGUCGUAGGUACGAUGACGGCGCUCGGUUGGCGAGAGCGGGCAGUACAGUGUGUCGUCGCAGUCUUUUGCACGUGUUGGUAUGUGAUUGCAUCAUCAGAUGCAUCAACCCAAGUUAACAGCCAGGACAGUGUAGAAGCGACGGCGUCUGCGGAACCUCUUCUUGACUCGGCAUUGGGGUGGUUUUUCCCGAAGAAGGUUUUCUUCUGGAACAACGAACCCGGAGUGGAUCGUCGGAAAGAGGAGCGUUCUGCAAAGGGGAACGAACACGGUAGAGAGGGAGAGGAGAGCAGCGAGACAGAAACAGCAUCGUCGAUAUCGCCUUUGUCGGAAAAGCGGCGCGGGAAGAACGUAGCACGGCCAAUCCCAUUUCAAACGUUUUCAACACAAGCAGAGGAUUUGCGUUGGGCGCACUCUCAAGAAGUCGACACUCCACAUCUUCGUGGGUGGAGUGUUUCCGACCGGCGCAGUCAAGACUUGUCUUCCUCGAAUGGCAUGCGACUGUCUACCGAGGGUGCUGAGGAUGAUGACUACUUGUCCAGCACCCUGAGGCGUGUACGUCGGCAAGCGAUCCUGCAUCAAGCUAUCUCGCGAGCCGGUUUAUAUGGGGGUGUGGCGCUGGCUGGUACCGCCGCUUUGUUUGGUUUGAGUCGUCACUUCAGGAAAGUGGCACUUCAGUGGGAGGGCAGGGAUAACGUAAAAGCCCGUGGUCUUGGCAUCAUGUCAGCGGCGAUGGGACUCUCUUCUCUGGGGACUCUCCUCGGCGGAGGCUGGAUGUGGGUCAAGAAAAUAAAGAAGGCACAUGCAAUAGCUGCAAAGCAGGCGGAAGAAGAAGCUGAUGACAACUAACAGCUCGGAGCACACAGCGCUAGUCUCGUAGGAUGAUUUUAAAGUUAAUGACAAUGCAGCGUUCCUGUUCACGAGGAAACAGCUAUGAAAACCCCAUUCACAUGUGACCAUGGGGCAGCGCUCACAUCGCCGUGUGAACUAGGUUCCUUUUCCAUCACACUUUGCUUGCACUCUUCUUUUUUAUGUGUGUCAGUGGACAAUGGACAUAGUUCCCGCGUGCUUUUACUCGUCCGUGGAAAGUAUCUCCCCGGAAAUAAGGAUUCCAUCACAUGAACCGAAAUUUGUGGAGUUCUUUUCCUCCCGGUAUGACCGCGCAUCCCAUUGCGGCACUUUCUUGAUCGUGGCCAUUUGUGCCUCAGAAGAGUGCGAUUGCACUAAUACGGGGAACAUGGGGAUUUGUGGUAGGAAUGUCUGUACGAUUCCUUAUUUCCUGUUGGACGAACCAGACGGUGUCGUGGUAACGUAUCAGCAAGCUGAGGUACAUUUCCGGUUCGGUGUUACGUAAACAAUGUGCCGCCCAUGUAGAACUUCGGUCGUCUGGAUGCCUUAUUGUGGGACCAGAGGGGCGUACGCCGACGGCCAUGAAAUCCUGUCUCGGCCAAUACGUUCCUUCUGUUAGUGGCAG